AUGUUCAACAGCAAAAGCGCUUCCAUCACUUCCUACUUGAAGCCAAAAACCGGAGACCGCAGUCAAGCGACCCCCAAACAACCUACUAAAGAUGAACCCGAAAGCCCACCAGUACCAGAAACCCCAGCAUCCCAAGACACCAGCAAAGAAAAAGGCAAAAGACCACUAUCCGCAUCCUCAGCCCCAGUCCCCCCAAAACGACAAGAUACCAAAACCACUACUUCCCUCACCCCUCUUUCCUACAAAGACCUUCCCCCAACCCUUCCCUCCACCACCUCCACCACCCUCUCCCUAACCCACCACACCGGCUCUCUCUUCACCGCACCUCCGCACACCUUGCUCCUCCACGCCUGCAACACCCAAGGCUCCUGGGGUUCAGGCAUCGCCCUAGCCUUCAAAAAGCAGUAUCCCAACGCAUACACCAUCUACCACGCCUUUUGCACCAAAGAGCAUUCCUUGAAAGCCGGGAACCCGAUGCCAGUCGGUACAACGCUGUUGAUUCCGCCGGUGGACGGCGACAAAGGCCAUUGGAUUGGGUGUCUGUUUACGAGUCGGAGGUAUGGGAAGGGCAAGGAUGGGAUAGCGGAGAUUCUGAGGAAUACGGGGAGGGCGGUUGAGGGGUGUUUGGGGUUGCUGGGGCUGCUGGGGGACGAAGUGCGUAGUGUGAGGAUGUGUAGGAUUAAUAGUGGCAAAUUUGGGGUACCGUGGGAGGGGACAGAGGAGGUGUUG